UGUCAGUGCGAUAGUAGACGUCGGUGGUACCGGUUGAAUCUCUGAAAAUCUCUGCAGUUGUGUGAUCUGCAGUUCGUACGACUUGAAAUUGAUUACCCAAGUAUGCUCUCAAGUUUAAAAAUGGUUCAUUGGACACGUUUAGCCAUCGUAUUGCUGUCUAUUGUCACUGCGAAGGCCAAUCCCGUGGCAGGGAAGCCUGUUGUAGCUACUGAGUUUAUCAUCCUGCACAAUAAUGAUAUGCAUGCCAGAUUUGAGCAGACGAAUGUCAACAGCGAAAAGUGUCCUCCCGAGGAUGUAACUAACAAUAAAUGUUAUGGAGGAUUUGCACGUGUGGCGUACGAAGUUCGAAAAUAUCGUGCAGAGGCUAAGCAGGGGGGAACCCCCGUUUUUUAUUUAAACGCUGGUGACACAUACACUGGCACUGCGUGGUUUGCCCUUUUCAAGGACAAAAUAGCCAGUAGUUUUCUCAAUAUACUCCAGCCUGAUGCUAUGUCCCUUGGUAAUCACGAGUUUGAUGAAAAAGUAGAGGGUCUAAUUCCCUUUCUUAAUGAUGUUAAUUUCCCGGUUCUGUCCUGUAAUCUGGAUCUUACCAAUGAACCCACCUUGGCUUCCGCCAAACACUUGGCAAAUUCAACCAUCCUAGAGGCAAAUGGUACCAAGAUUGCCGUUAUUGGCUAUCUUACGCCGGAUACGAAAGUGUUGUCCAUUAAAAACAACGUCAUAUUCAAUGAAGAGGUCGUCGCUAUCAACGCUGAGGCAGCAAGACUGAAGGCUCAAGGAUUUAAAAUCAUCAUUGCUCUGGGUCACUCUGGUUACAAAAAGGACCAAGAAAUUGCCAAAGAGUGCCCAGAAGUUGACAUUGUCAUUGGCGGACACACCAAUACGUUCCUCUACAAUGGAGAUAGGCCCAGCGUUGAGAGAGUGGAUGGACCAUAUCCCACGGUGAUCACCCAGAAGAGUGGAAAACGGGUUCCUGUAGUACAAGCCUACGCCUACACGAAGUAUCUGGGAAAAUUGCAUGUCAAGUUCGAUAAAGAUGGCAACUUGAUUGAGUUUAAUGGAUCGCCAAUUCUACUGAAUGCUGCUGUGGCACAAGAUAAAGAAGUCUUAAAUCUGUUGGAGUUGUAUCGGGAGAAUGUAACGGCAUUGGAGAAGUCCGUGGUGGGUCAUAGCAAGGUGUAUCUAGAGGGACAGAAGGCCACAUGUCGUUCCAUUGAGUGCAAUAUGGGAAACCUUAUUACCGAUGCGUUGAUCUUCAGUCGAGUUAUGGAGGAUCAGGGAGGCGAUUACUGGACUGAUGCGUCAAUUGCCUUUCACCAAGGUGGAGGAAUACGAAGCUCGAUUGAGAAGAAACCCGACGGUAUGAUAACGCAGAGCGAUCUAUUGACGGUACUUCCCUUUGAAAAUGAUAUUUACAUCACGAGAAUCAGUGGAAAAACCAUUUGGAAUGCCCUCGAACGCGCAGCUGCUGUUAGAUUUAAGGACUCCGAUGGAGCGUUCCUUCAGGUUUCCGGCCUACACGUUGUAUAUAAUCCGGAUAUGCCAGAGGGAAAACGUGUCGUCUCUGUGGAACUGCGCUGUGCCAGUUGCAUGGUACCCUCUUACAGCCCCCUUAACGCCACCGAGUACUACAAGGUGAUUGUGCCGCAGUUUUUAUUUGAAGGUGGUGAUGGUCACAUCAUGAUCGAAGAAGCCAAUCCCGAGUGGAUACGUAUGCAAAAAACAGUCGUCGAAGCUGUUAACCAGUAUCUGCAGCAUCACGACUUCGUCUAUCCGGAGUUGGAGGGACGCAUUCAGUUUAAGUCACUUCACAAAAAUGUUACCUCUGGUUCCGCGAUAGGCCUUAUGAGUUGUGUGCCAUUUUUGUUGAUCUCAAGUGUUUCCUUAUUGCUGAUCCCAUAAAACGUAUGUUCCUAGAAAUUAUCACAAUGUUAAGAACUUAAGGUGUAAGUUCGCGCCCCAGUAUGUAAUCUAACUUAAAAUUAAUUAAAGAUGAAUUAUUCAAAUUCAUUAA